AGGAAACCAGAUUGAAUCAGCUGAAAGUGAUAGACCGAUCAUAAACUGAACCAGACUUAAACAUUGAACACUUUCCUAUAUAAGACUUGACAUUUGCCAUGGAGAAUGGAGUUUAUCAACAAAAGAUGUAGUAGACGUGUUAUUUGUAUGGUGUGUGUCAGUCUGAUAAUUACCUACUUGGUGUUGUCAUGGUUACAAACAGUACCUUCUAUCCGACAUUUACAUAUUGUAAGACAGAUUUGGGACAAGGAAUAUUCUAGGUGUCUGGUUCAUAUCAACAGCGAAGCUAAUUUGCUGAAAACUAAACAACAGCCGGUUUAUAUUACGGUAGCACUCUCAGGUCGUCUUGGCAACUGGUUAUUUGCAUAUGCAUCACUCAUUGGAAUUGCCAGGAAAAAUAAUGUGCUAUUUUAUACCAGUCCUGAAUCAGUCAGAAAAGUUUCAUUAGCAAAUAUUUUUAAUUUGAAAAGUGUGCGAGCAGUUAAUGCAUUUUGUAGGCAACCAAUUUAUGAAGAUUUACCAUGUGCAUACGAUAAGAAAAUGGAGUCACUUCCCGUUUCAAACAUAACAAUUCAUGGCUAUUUGCAAUCUUGGAAAUAUUUUAAACAUGUUGAAAAGCAAGUUCGAGAAGAAUUUACAUUUCAAAAGUCCAUUAUGUCAAAUGCAGAACAAAUAUUUCGUCAGAAUGUUCAGAAUAAUAUUUCUUUUCAGACAACAUGUAUACAUGUCAGAAGAACUGAUAUGAUGAUUGCAUCAUCUUUAAAAAUAGGUUUCAAAUCAGCUCCACUGGAAUAUCUUCAUAAUGCAGUGAAUCACAUGCAACAAAAGUUCAACAAUAAAGUCAAAUUCCUUGUCAUCUCAGAUGAUUACAAAUGGUGCUUUAAGAAUUUGAAAUUUCCAAAUUCCAUCAUUAUUCCCAGGAAUACUCCAGGAGUAGAUUUAGCGUUAUUGUCAUUGUGUAAUAGUUCCAUUAUCACCACAGGAACAUUUGGUUGGUGGGGAGCUUGGUUGGCAAAUGGUUAUACAGUAUAUUAUAAAAACUAUCCAGAACCUGGAUCAAGAUUGGACAGGGAAACAGUCAAGGAGGAUUUUUACCCUCCAUACUGGGUACCAAUAAAUAGUGCCCACAAUCAGUCUACAUCAAGAUUUUAUAUCAUUGUUAUAGUAAUUUUUGUAUACAAUAAAUUGACAUACAUGUAAUAUAUCUUUCAAAAGGGCUCUGUCGUUUUACCAUUAAUUGCUAUUCACCAAAGGGAACCAGCUAGAAAGUGGAAAAAAUAACUCAUAGGAAAUUAUAUUUUUGGAACUCACUUCAUACAUGUCUUACAUGUCAGACUGUUUACAUCAAAGUUUAAUAUGGGUUUCUCAUUGCGGUAUGUGCUUAACUUAUGUUGAUUUCAAUCAAAAACAAGUGGGAAGAAAAAAAAAUUACAUGUUAAAGGGUACAUGUUUAAUUGUUUGGACAAAUUGAAAAAUCACUGCCAAUUAACUAUUUUUAAAGGAGUUAUGCCCUUGGAAAUAUAGUUAUAGGCUAGGAAAUUUGCAUUGCAAGCAGUCUUCAGACUACAUUUCUUAUAGGAUUGUAAUAAAAUUUAAAUCAGCAAUGUCUCGGACUAGUUUGAAAAUAAGUGCUUAUAAAUUAUUUUUACAGGAGUUAUGUCCCUUAAAAAUUAUGUAAAUUCUAAAAGAAAUUGCAUUGUAAGCGCGCUCAAGUGUAAAAUUCUUGCCAGAUUUUUAUGAAAUGUCUUUCAAAGGUUUGUACAAACUUAUCAGUAAUGUCUCAGAUCAGUUAUAAAAUCAAUGGCAAUUAACUUUUUUUUAUAAAGUUAUGACCCUAGGAAAUACAAAUUAUAAUGAAAAUAUAAUUGUUAGCACUCUCACUCUUAUAUUUCUUGUAGGAUUAUUAUGAAAAUAAUAUCCAAGGUUAAAAUUAGCAAUGUCUGGGAUGAGUUCGAAAAUCAGUACUGAUCAAUUAUUUUUACAAGAGUAACGUCCCUUUGAAAUGUAAUUUAUAUUGAACAUUGCAUUGUAAGCACUCUCACACAUAUAUUUCUUGUUGGAUUUUUAUGAAAACUGUAUCAAAGAUUUAUACCAGACAAUAACCAGCAAGGAGUUGGAAUGGUGCAGACCAAUUUCAUUUUCAUUAUAAGUUAUUGCACUUGGACACUAUAUAUAGCUUAUAUAGAGAUUUGAUAUUUGAUUUAUCGAUAUGUUUAAUGCUUCUUUGAUCUUUAUAUAUAUAUGAUAUAUAAACAUGUAUUCAUUUAUUUUAUAUAGAUGAAGAACAGCAACAUGAGCAAUAAAUGUGGUGUUCCCUACUCUGAGGUUUUUAUACGACCGCAAAAAAAAUCUAAGAAGACAUUUCGUUUUCGCACAAUAACUUUAGUAUAAGUAAAUAGAAAUCUAUGAAAUUUAAACACAAGGUUUAUGACCACAAACGAUAGGUUGGGAUUGAUUUUGGGGGUUAUGGUCCCAACAGUUUAGGAAUAAGGAGCUAAAAAGGGGCCCAAAUAAACAUUUUUCUAGUUUCCAGACAAUAACUUGUGGAAUGGUGUAUGGAUCUCUCUGAAAUUAUACGACAAGUUUCCAUACCACAAAGGGAUGGUAAAAAUUGGCUUUGGGGGUUAUGGCUCAAACCGUUUAGGAAUUAGGGGCACAAAAGGGGGAAAAACAAAGGGUGUCCUGGUUAAUGGACAAUUACUUAAGUACAAAACAUAAUUUAAAAGCAGUGUAAGGGAAGUAAUUCAAACACAACAUUUUGAAUUACCUCCCUUACACUGCUUUUAAAUUAUGUGUAUAAAGAAAUGUUGUAUUGUCUUUAGGUGAUUAGCUGUCAAUUUAUUUUUAGAAGUUACUAUUUUUAAAAUGCUGAUGAAGGUAAUUUAAUUUAAGCCAUGAUUAUGUAUGUCAUUUUCUAUUUUAAGACUUUUAUGAUGUAUUUAAAUGGGUUAUUAUGGUUGCAAACUCCAUUGGAAAUUUGAAUUGAGAUUAUGACCAUAUCUUGAGGGAAAGAAUUUUUUUUUUUGGAAAAA